AUGAACUUUGCAGCCAAGUCUGAAAAUAGAUUUUUGAUCCACCCAGGUUUAACAUACACCCACGCUGAACAAGAAAUCAGAAAAGAAAAGUUUGACACUUGGUCGAACGCCGGCAAGGCUCCCACCAGGCUGGUGGAACUCAUGAGGUCUUACUAUGAGGAAGCCAACCAGAGAAUAGCAGGCAUGAAUAACAUGAGAUUCAUGUAUGAAGAGAGCCCUUUUUACGAACAGGGUUAUGUAAUGCAUGAGAUUAUUGACAGAUACAGGCGAUUGGUGGAACACGCGAAAACUCCAGUAAAAUACAAGUCUUACACCGUUAUAGACACCUUCAAACGCGUCGAGUUUGUUCAAAAACUGUACUUCGAGCUAUACCAUCUGGUCCGAAUAAUGCACGAGGUACCUCUGAAGUGGCUAUAUACUGAAGAAUUCAUGGACAAAGGAGUAAAAAAAGACGCUGCCGAUGGGGGCGAUGAGCUUGAAAAUGCUGAAUUAAACAUAAAAAGAAUGGAAGAGAUGAGAGCGAAAGCUCGCAAGAAGAGGAAGAAGAUGUAUGCGUAUGAGAGAGAAAUGUACUUGAAAGGGCUGUCUAAAUCCUACACUUGGAAAAAGAAAAGAACUUAUAACAAAAUCUGGCCUGUCGAUUAUGGCUGGGAAAUUGAUCACUCUUGGUAA